AACCCAGAGGAUUUAGCCAAGGCAGUGCUUUAUCGGCCGUCGCUUAGGACACUUUAGUUUUUAAACAACACGAGUUACUCAACUUUACAUCAAUGUUACUUCUAAAAGCCCUAUAGAACCCUAGAAUGGCGACGAUGCUCAAGGUCCGUGAUCUCCGCCCCUCGGUGGGAAACAACAUCAACACGACCUUCAUCAUCCUGGAGAAGUACAACGCCUCGCGCAGCGACGGCGGCAUUCUCAUGUGCAUCGCGCUCGUCGCCGAUUCCACCGCCAGCGUCCACCUCCAGAUGUGGGGCGCCGAGUGCGACGCCUUCCAGCCCAGCGACAUCGUCCGCCUCACCAACGGCAUCUUCUCCUUCCACAAGGCCAAUCUGGUGCUCCGCGCCGGGAAGAAGGGCCUGCUCGAAAAGAUUGGCGAGUUCUCCAUGGUCUUCGUGGAGAUCCCAAACAUGAGCACCAUGCAAUGGGUCCAAGACCCCACCAAUCCCAAAGGCUGGAUUCCUCUCACUCACUCUUCGCCGGCGCCCACCGGACCGAUGCUCGCUGGUGCCGCUUCCUCAAAUCCGGGAAGACACUAGAUAGAACUUUAGAUGCUAGAACCAAAGAAAAAAGGUAGAAGAAAAAAGAAAGAACAAGGUGUUCUCUGGAUCCAGACGAAGAAUUAAAUGUAGCUCAAGUCUGGACUGACCUCUAUUGCC